AUUCGCCGCAGUCCAGUCCAAUCGCCGGCGGCAGAAAAUGGGGAAGAAGAACAAGAGAAAUCACGACGACCCUGAGCUCGAAAUGGAGCCCGAGCUAACUGAAAGAAUCGACGACGGAGACCUCAAGAAGAAGACUAAGAAGAAGAAGAGAAGCCAUGAUGAUCCGGAGCAAAAGGUGAGUCUCGACGGAGACGCGAAGAAGAAGAAGAAAAAGAAGAAGAAAAGCAAGGACGAGGAGGAGGAGGAGAAGCCAAAUGGUGAAGAAAAGAAAAACGAAGGAGGCAGACCAACUGUUACUAUAGCCAUAGCUGGCUCCAUCAUUAACAACACUCAAUCACUCGAGCUCGCCACACGUCUUGCUGGCCAAAUAGCUCGUGCAUCCACUAUUUUUCGAAUCGACGAGAUUGUAGUGUUCGACAAUAAGAGCAGCUCAGAGAUCAACAACAACUCUGAUAGCAACAACGAAAGUGGUGCCCCCUUUCUCGUUCGUAUCUUGAAGUAUUUAGAGACGCCACAGUAUCUGAGGAAGACUCUCUUCCCCAAGCACAAUGAUCUUAGAUUUGUGGGUAUGUUGCCACCUCUUGAUGCUCCUCACCAUUUGCGUAAGCACGAGUGGGAACAAUACCGUGAAGGUGUGACACUGAGGGAGAAGGCACCAAACUCUGAGGGUACGUUGGUUGAUGUCGGUUUAGACAAGAGUGUUGUUGUUGAUCAAGUUCUUAGUCCAGGAGUCAGAGUCACGGUAGCCAUGGGAGCCAACCGUGAUUUAGAUUUGGUACGCCAGAUUGUUCCGCCAUCUAAGCCAAGGGAAGAAGGAGGCAUGUAUUGGGGAUACAAAGUACGUUAUGCAUCACAUCUAAGUUCAGUUUUCAGGGAAUGCCCUUUCGAGGGUGGCUACGAUUAUUUGAUUGGUACCUCGGAGCAUGGACUGAAAAUUAGUUCAUCAGAGCUGAAAAUACCAACAUUUAGGCACUUAUUGAUUGCAUUUGGAGGACUUGCUGGUCUCGAAGAAAGUGUUGAAGAGGAUAAUCAGUAUAAGGGGAAAGACGUGCGAGAAGCGUUUAAUAUAUACUUGAAUACAUGUCCACAUCAAGGAAGCCGAACCAUUCGAACAGAGGAAGCGAUGUUUAUAUCACUUCAGUACUUCCAAGAACCCAUUAGCAGGGCAAUGAGAGGUGUUGAAGCUUGAUAGAAGAGUCAAUGAAGAUGCUAUUGUUUGACAUUAGAUUUGAGGUGAUGUAAUGUAUCCUCCUAUGUCGAGAAAGCUUUUUCCUAAUUGAUGUUUUAGAGUGUGGAGUUCAGUUAUCUUCUCAUCAUACUAUUCCGAUAUCCGGUGUUAAAUUUGUAUCCACUGGUGCCCCCAAGAUACUGCACUCAUUUUGACAAUGGAGAGUUAAAUCCACUGGUGCUUGUUCUUGUUA